AACGACGAGAUGGCUGUUCUAAACAUCCAACGAGUGUGGUACGUGAUCAUCUGAGAAAGGCGGGGUCAUUCCAUGUUUAUUUGCUCGGGAAGUCACGGUCUGGCGGCCUGAGAUGCAGAGGACUUUAACAUCUGCCUCGCCAGACUGGAGCUCAGUCUGGUUUCUGUCGUGUGCACAGUUGAAUUCAACUGGAAGGAAAUCAUCGGCGAGUGAAAAUCGGGGAUGCUCUGUAGCGUCCCCCUCCGCUCGUGCCGCCAUGGCUCGAGCUCUCCCAGGCUGCCAUCUGCGCUCAGGCUUCCCCUGACUGUGUUGAUGCUGAGAAACGCCCAAUUGGCCCGAGGCAGCUGCUUCCGGAGAUACUCCAGCGACCAUGCCCAUCAUGAAGCCCGAACCGAGAGCAUCCGCAACAUUGGCAUCAUAGCACACGUCGAUGCGGGCAAGACGACCACCACUGAGCGUAUGCUGUAUCACAGCGGGCGCACUCGCCAUAUCGGAAAUGUCGAUCACGGCAACACCACCACCGACUUCCUCCCCAUGGAGCGGGAGCGCGGCAUCACUAUCCAAUCCGCCGCCGUGACCUUCCAGUGGCCCCCCAAGGCUCUUUGUCCACCGGACUAUGAGCCGAAGACCAUCAACCUCAUCGAUACGCCCGGUCACCAAGACUUCCGCUACGAGGUUGACCGCUGCCUGCCCAUUCUCGACGGCGCCGUUUGUAUCCUCGACUCGGUCAAAGGCGUCGAGACACACACGGAGCGCGUCUGGCAGUCGGCGCAGCUUUCCAAGAUCCCCAGGCUGCUCUUUAUCAACAAGCUGGACCGCGACGGCGCGAGCUUCAAACGCUCUGUACAAGAGGUCGCCUCGCGCCUGAGGACAUGGCCAUUGCUGUGCCAGAUUCCCUGGUGGCAGAAGGACGACUUCGUGGGCGUCAUUGACGUGAUCCACCAGCACGGUUUCAGAUUCUCCAGCAGCAGCGGCACCAUGUCAGUUGUCAGCAAACAGAGCAUUGCCAAGGAGAACCCGGCUUUGUUCGAGGAGAUGGAGAAGGCCCGCCUGCGGCUGGUCGAGACGCUCUCGGAGAACGACGACCAGAUCAUGGACGAGUUCCUUGAGCUGGAAAAGGACGUGUCUUCGACCUCCAUCAAACAGGCCAUUCGGCGUCUGAUUAUGGACGGCGAGGCGAGGUUCACACCUGUUUUUGCAGGCGCCAGUUUGCGGAACAUCGGAGUCCAACCGCUGCUGGACGCCGUCGUGGACUACCUUCCCAGUCCCAGUGACAGGCCGCCCCUUGAGAUUACCGGCGCCAAGGCUCACACUCUGCCGCAGCUUAUCGACCAGUCGGCCAAGAAAAAGGGGCACCACCAUGAACCCCUAAUUGUAGGUCUCGGACACGUCUUCAAGGUCGUUGAUGAUCCGCGCCGAGGCAUGAUGAGCUGGGUACGUGUCUAUCACGGCGCCUUCAGCCGGAGCAGCCACAUGUGGAACAGCAACGUCCGCACCUUUGAGAAGCCGCUGCAUAUUCUGCACGUGUCGGCCAAAGAUCACCACGAGAUCCAGCACCUCGCCAUGGGGCACAUCGGCGCAAUGACCGGUCUCGGCUCCGCCCGCACCGGAGACACCCUGAUCACCUUUCCUGGCCGUCAGGGCAGUGUCGCCCCUGAGAUGUUCAGAAACCUCCGCAUCAAGGCGCCCGAGACGCCCCCGGCGGUCGCCUUCAUCGCCAUUGAGCCGUACACCCGCACGGCCAACGACAAGCUCGAAGAGGCCCUCAACAGGCUCUCGCGAGAGGAUCCCAGCAUCAGGUGGACCAAGGACGAGAAGACGGGCCAGCUGAUCCUGUCUGGCAUGGGUUUGCUGCAUCUCGAGAUCGCCCAGGACCGCCUCCUGACGCACUACAAGAUCGACCGCGAAUCGGCCCUGUGGGGCGACAUCAAGGUCGAGUACUCGGAAUGCCUGCAUGCCCCGACCAGCCUGCACCGCUCCGUAUACGACCGCUCCAUCCGCGACAAAGCAGGCAAAGCAGCCUGUACAGUCAAGAUUGAACCACUUGAAGCCCACCAUCACGGGACGCUGCAUGAAUCCGCCAUUGAGCGCAAUGGUAACAUCAUCCACAUCGCCAUCCCCCUUCCCCUCAACGACGACACCACAACCCUCCCCUUCGACCCCGAGCAGGUCCGCCAGCAGCUCUUCAACGGCGCCAUCGCCGGCCUCGCCCGCGGGCCCCGCCGCAGCGCGCCGGUCCGCCACUGCCACGUGCACAUCACCUUCGACCCGGCCACCGACUUCUUCGGGGUCGCCACCACCGGCGGACACAUCACAAACGCUGCACUAUUCGCUGUCCGCACCGCGCUCAAGGAAGCCCACGAAAACGGCCAGAUCGGCAUCCUCGAGCCGGUCACCCACGUACAGAUCCACUGCCCCGAGGAAGCUGGCCAGGCGAUCCAGCACGACCUGGCCAGCGCCCGCGGCGGGCAUGUGCUCGAGGUGCGCAAGCCCGAGGAGGACGAGGAGGGCCUGGCAGCGGACGGCGAGGGUGAGCGGCAGCAGCAGCGGCCUCGGAGAGACAUGAUUGACGUGUCCAAGGUCUAUGUGCCGCCGGACCCGUACGAGUCGGUGCAGAGUCUGAGGGGGAACAAGAAGGCGGUGGUGAGGAUGCUGACAAUUGUGGGGAAGGCGCCGCUUAAGGAGAUGAUGAAGUAUGAUGAUAGAUUGAGGAGCUUGACGGGCGGGAGGCAUACGCUGCAGUUGGAUCCGGGCGGGUUUGAGUUGGUUACAGGGGCGCGGGAGAGGGCUUUGGAGGAGCGGUAGUGCUACUUGUGCUCAGGCUAAUGGUGAUGGGUGCAGUGUGUUGGUUUGGAACUGAAAGUUCACUAGGCUAAGUAAUGACGGGCGAAGAAGCUGUUUCUUCGAGGUCCUUGACAUGAGCUUAGUGGGUGCAAGAUCAGCUGUUACUGCUGCCGCUGACUUGGAGGUGCUGGCACUGUCUGGCUCGCUCCGUGUAUGUUCGUCGUCGGCUUGGUUCGUCCGCGACGUGCUUGUUGGAAUGGUGAUCCACGCUGACAGCACGUUUUCGGGUGGUCAUCAGCCACUGGCUCGAUGUAUUGGACUACAGUUGUCAGUGGCAUCUGAACCUUCUGGAGUGACGUUCCGGCGCCGGGCGAGGACCAGAUCAGACACUCUGCCUUGAAAAGUGCUGGUCCAAUCCAUAUAGCAUAUAAAGCCAUCGAC